AUGCAGCCGUUGGAGGCGCAGCUCGACGCUCUCUGGGAGGAGAGCCGGCUGAAGCGGCGGGCGAAGGUGGAUGAGCUCAACACGUCGCUCGUGCAGCGCGUGCGCGACGACGUCGAGGCGACGCUGCGGAAUGUGCAGUCGUCCCUCGCGAGUGCGCAGCCGGAGAUGGAGAGGCAAAUUGACCGGCUGCUUCACAUGAUAGACGAGUUGGCCGCGGGGGUUGACAUGUGGCAGCAAAAGGCCAUGAGCUCCAUGGACUCCAUUGCGAAGGAGCAACGGGCGCUUGGGGGCAUGGUGCAGGAGGUCUCUAUUCGAACCGCGGCGCGAAAGGAGGACAUGUUGAAGCGGCAGAAGCAACGCUCAGAGGAAGUGCGUGAGAUAUGCCUGGAGCGCUUUAAGGAGGUGGCGUUGAAGCUGUGA